AUGUUCAAGCUCUUCCGCAAGACCAAGACCACCACCGCCGCUUCGGUCAUGGAGCACGCCAACGGUUCCGAGACGACGCUCGUCAGCACGGCAGCCCCCAAGCGCAAGACGCGACGCGAGUACGAGCCGUACCAGGCUGAGUUCUCCGGUCUCUCUUCCCUCGGCGGCAUGCCUUCGCUCGGUGGACACAUGUUCAUGGAGCCCCCCUCGCCCACCAAGUCGAGCCGCAAGGCUCAGCUCAACAUGGUUCCUGCGCAGCCGUUCGAGCGAUCCCCGCGCGCAAGCGUUGUUCAAGCACGCCUAGAGACCGUCCAGGGACGUGGCUCUAUGGACACUCUCACUCCUACUGCAUCGACGAGCUCGACGAGCUCGGAAUCGACCCAGCGCAAGCUCAAGAAGCAGCAUAAGACGUUCUUCAACAACGCGUUUGGCAACACCUGA